CUUCUCUCUUGUGUUGUCACUCUUUGGCAUCCUGUGCCCAACCGGAAGUUAGUUGAAAAACAACAUGGCGGCGCCGGUCCCUGGUGUGGGACGCCUGGAGGAAGAGGCUCUGCGGCGGAAAGAGCGGCUCAAGGCGCUUAGAGAAAAGACUGGGCGCAAGAAUAAAGAAGAUGAGGAACCAAAAAAUAAAGUUUUGAAAGAAGAAGAAGGAGGUGAGAAACACAGGGAACUCAAACUGAGGAACUAUGUUCCUGAGGAUGAGGAACUAAAGAAGAGGAAGGUGCCUCAGGCCAAACCAGCCUCAGUGGAAGAGAAAGUCAAAGAUCAGCUGGAAGCCGCGAAGCCCGAGCCCAUUAUUGAGGAAGUGGAUUUGGCCAACCUUGCUCCCAGAAAGCCAGACUGGGACUUAAAAAGAGAUGUAGCUAAAAAAUUGGAAAAAUUGGAGAAGAGGACACAGAGAGCUAUUGCUGAACUAAUCCGAGAAAGACUUAGAGGCCAAGAAGGUGACCUGGAAUCUGCAAAGCCAGAAGACAGUGACUCAGAUUAAAGCAGCUUCUGCUCAGCUCUUGGCCACAAUUCAGCAUGUGAACUGAUCCUUCUAGGCCAGGGACAAAGACCCACCCUCAGUCUUAGUUCCCAGAGUGACCACCACUACAGUACUUCUUUUAAUGCCCACCUGAGUACAUCUUGGAGUACAUUUUAGAGGUGUGGCUUGAGUUGGCUGGUUUAUGAUUACCACAAUCUAAA